CACGAUGCCUUCUGCAGCUGGAAAGGGGUCUCGGUCAAGGAGAGGAGUUCAUUACUUCGUAAAUGGUAUGACUUAAUGAUGGAAAAUAAGGACGACCUUGCCAAGAUCAUAACUGCUGAGAGUGGAAAGCCACUGAAAGAGGCCCAGGGAGAAGUUCUGUAUUCAGCCCUUUUCCUAGAAUGGUUCUCAGAGGAAGCUCGUCGUAUUUAUGGAGACAUCAUCUAUACCUCUGCCAAGGAUAAACGGGGGCUGGUCCUCAAGCAGCCCAUUGGUGUGGCCGCAAUCAUCACACCGUGGAAUUUUCCUAGUGCCAUGAUCACCCGGAAAGUGGGGGCCGCUCUGGCAGCUGGCUGCACUGUGGUGGUGAAACCUGCGGAAGACACACCCUACUCUGCCCUGGCCUUGGCACAGCUUGCAAACCAGGCGGGAAUCCCCCCAGGGGUCUAUAAUGUCAUUCCCUGCUCUAGAACCAAAGCCAAGGAAGUGGGAGAGGCACUAUGUACUGAUCCACUGGUGUCCAAAAUUUCCUUUACUGGUUCAACGGCAACAGGAAAGGUCCUGCUGCACCAUGCAGCAAAUUCUGUGAAGCGAGUCUCCAUGGAGCUGGGUGGCCUUGCUCCAUUCAUUGUCUUUGACAGUGCCAAUGUGGACCAGGCUGUCGCAGGAGCAAUGGCAUCCAAGUUUAGGAAUGCUGGGCAGACUUGUGUUUGUGCAAACAGAUUCUUAGUACAACGGGGUAUCUAUGAUUCCUUUGUAAAGAAGUUUGCAGAAGCAAUGCAGAAAAGCCUGCGUGUGGGUAAUGGAUUUGAGGAAGGAAUAACUCAGGGCCCAUUAAUUAAUGAGAAAGCAGUAGAAAAGGUAGAGAAGCAUGUGAAUGACGCAGUUGCCAAAGGGGCCGAGGUUGUGACAGGCGGGAAGCGACACCAAAGAGGGGGAAAUUUUUUUGAGCCCACCCUGCUCAGCAAUGUCACCAAGGACAUGCUCUGCAUCACUGAAGAGACCUUUGGGCCCCUGGCGCCAGUUGUCAAGUUUGAUAAAGAAGAAGAGGCCAUUGCCAUCGCAAAUGCAGCUGAUGUUGGAUUAGCAGGGUACUUUUACUCUCAAGACCCAGCCCAGAUCUGGAGAGUGGCAGAGCAGCUGGAGGUGGGCAUGGUUGGCGUGAAUGAAGGACUGAUCUCUUCAGUGGAGUGUCCCUUUGGUGGGGUGAAGCAGUCUGGCCUUGGGCGAGAAGGGUCCAAGUAUGGUAUUGACGAGUAUCUGGAGGUCAAGUAUGUGUGUUAUGGAGGCUUGUAGGGUUCUUCACCUCUUUAAAAAUAAUAAAGCUACUUAGAUCUGUAGGGACAUUUUUAAAAUAAACAAGCAGGUAAUCAGAAUUAUGAAUUUUAAAAAAUUCACAUCGUAGAUGCAAAUCCUAGCCCUUCCCUUAUCUAACUAGGGACCAAUGAAUGCCAUAUACCUGUGGCUGUGGGCCCUAGCCAGUACUGGGACCUCAGCACAACCCCACUGCCUCAGGACAAGGUACAGUGUGAGUGUUCACAUGUCCCUGCCCUUCACAAAGUGUAGUCACUGUGUGGGCAGUGGCUCCCCAGUACCCAUGGGACGGCCCAGCUUGGGCCCACAAUGCAGGGGAAAGAAAUGCUGGAGUGAUAGACAGUUGGAUGGGGGUGGUUCACAUCCAGGACUGGGCAUCUGUCAGCUUGGUGAUCAGCAGUUACCUGUUCAGAGGGGUUGUGGCAAAGGCUUUGAUUUCCUAAGACUUCUUUCUAAAUGGCUCAGGAUUGCCUGUACCAUGUCAAAUGUUUUUGGGCUACCUUUUUUUUUUUUCAAGACAGGGUUUCUUUGUAUAGCCUGGCUAACCUGGAAAUCAGUCUAUAGACCAGGCUGGCCUCAAACUCAGAGAUCUUCGUGCCUCUGCUUCCCAAGUGCUGGGAUUAAAGGCAUGCACCACCACCAUCCAGCUCUGGGCUGCUUUCUUAAUUGCUGAGAGCAGAGUUGGUUUGUUUUUGUUCAUCUUCAUUUGGUUUGGUUUUAUGAGAUAGGGUCUUACUAAGUAGUCUAGGUUGGCUUCGAACUUACAGUUCUCCUGUUUCAGCCUCCCAAGUGCUGUGAUUGCAGGUGUGCUCUACCACACCUGGGUAAAUGGAAGUCAUCAUUUCCCUAAACUUAGAGCUUAUGCUUCAUUUUAUUUCUCUUAGAAAAUCAACCCAUGAUGGGGGCAAAAGUCCUCAGAGGUGGUUUGGUAGGAUGGAAAGCAUGGCUUUUUUUUCCCCCCCAGGAGUUUAACCAAUGGCCUGUGUGUACUAGCAUGGCUCCACCGAUGAACUAUCCCCAACGGGUUUUUGUUUUCAUUUUAACUUUUGAGGCAGAGUCUUGGUAAGUUACACUGGCUGGCCUUGAGCUUUUUACUGUCCUGCCUCAGUUUCCUGACAGGCCUGCACCACCAGGCCAGGCCAGUGGGAAGCAUGGACUCUCAGCUGUUUCCUGUGCUGGGCACUUCUGCUGCCUGGACGUUCUGUUCAGGAGACCAUGUCCCAGUUGUAGAGAGUCAUGCUCGGCUCAAAGGACAUUGUGGGCCUCAAGGAAGUGAAAAGACUUCACAAAUAAUGAAAAUGCUGCUGAACACUUUUGACUAUGAAUGGUACCACCCUGCCCUGCUUUGAACUUGGGUGGUAGCUUUGUGGAGGGAAGAAACCCUGUGUCCAUCUGUUCACCUGCCUAUAACUGAGUCAGGUUUUCUGUCACUGGGUACAGCUUCUGCUAAAGUUCCAGAAGAGAAAAAAUACUUUCAUCACUAUGAAAAAUGAUUUCCACAAUUGCCAGUCCCCUGUGGAAGAGAGGUGAAGCCAUGAAUCCCAGGCACCUUUGCCCUAGUAAAAGCACUUAUGGUUCAUGAUUCAAAAAGAAAACAAACAAAAAACCACACAGGGACCUGCAAGACAGCUUAGUGAGUAAAGCUUUGCUGGACAAGCCUGGUGACCUGAGUCCUGAGUUCUAUCUCUGGAAUUCACAUAAAGGUGGGAAGAGAUAACCAACUCCAUAAAGUUGUCCUCUGACCUCCACAAGUGCAUCACACACACACACACACACACACACACACACACCACACACACAAGCUCCCCAUAACUGGUGUUGGUCUCACUUUGAAAUGACUUAAAUGAGGAAAAUUCUAGGUUCUUGUCAACAAGCCUCCCAUCUACCUAGAAGCUGUUUAUUCCCCAUAGGCAGCAAUGGAGCUCCCUGUUCCCUGCCCCUCCUUGUGUACAGAGGUCGCUCACAUACUCUAUGGAUGCUCUGGCAAUGAGAUAACAUGGACGAUAACAGAGCUGGCUGCAGUGAUUCCUAAACACUACUAAGUCCCAAGCCACUGGGAGCUUCGAAUAAGGACUUCAUGGUUUUAAAGGUCCCUGUGCACAAGAAGUAGAAAUCUGCCUCCUAGGGACCCUGCCCAAGUGACAAGAGCCACAGCUCGACAUGUUCGUCUGUUUCUGCCCUUCUCUUUCUUCUAUAGUGUGCAGUUGGUUUCUAUUGCAUUUGCUAACUAAAAUCAUUAUUUUAUUAUGGAUGUGGGUUUUUUUACCUGCAUGUAUGACUGUGUGCAUGCAUGCUGGUACCUUCAGAGGCCUUAACAGGGCAUCAGAUCAUGAAGAGCUGAGUUACAGAUGGUUGUAAGCCACCAUGUGGGUGCUGGGAAGUGAACCCUGGUCCUCUGAAAAUGCAGCCACUGUGCUUAACUGCAGAGUCAUCUUGCUAGCCCCAAUAUUUUUAAGAUUUGUGUCCAUCUUUUUCAAUUAAUAUAAGUGCUCUGCCUUUAUUUUGUAAAUGAAUAUACAUGCUAAGAUAUGAAUAUAAGUCAUUUCAAGUACAUCUUUAAACAGGGUCAGCCAGUGGGUUUGGCAAAUUUUUACUUUUAUGUGCAUGUUUGACUCACUGUGUAUAUCACUGGCCCAGACAUUUGUUACAAUAAACAUAAUCAAUUUUUUGUGAUUAAAAUAAUGGGGUAGAGCUGGGCAUUGGUAGCACAUGCCUUUAAUCCCAGCCCUCGGGAGUAAGAGGCAGAGGAUCUCUGUGAGUUCAAGACCAGCCUGGUCUACAAGAGCUAGUUCCAGAACAACAGCCUCCAAAGCCACAGAGAAACCCUGUCUUGGAAAAUAAAAAUAAAAUUAAUGGGGUGGGUAUUGGUAAAAUAUACUUAGCAUGCUGGAGGCCAUGGGAUUAAUCACCACUGAAAAUAAGUUAACAUGAAAGAACAUCUUACUUAGAAAAAUGGUUUGGGGCUAUAGGAAGACAAUAUUUAGGGUUUUUUGUUUGUUUUUUUUAAACAGCUCUUAUUGGCCUUAAACUCCUGGGCUCAAAUGAUCCUCCUGCCGUAGUCUCCCAAAUAGUUGCUACUAUAGGCAUGUUUCCACCAAAUCAUUUUUUUUUUUGGAUUUUUAGGGGUUUUUCUUGAGUUUGGGUUUCAUAUAGUUCAAGUUCAACUUGAAACUCUUGCUCCUACACCACCAUGCCCAGCUAAGAAGUGUUUUUAAUGAACCUUUGUUAUUAUUCAAUAAGAUAUGUGAUGGGUGGAAUUUUUGAAGAUAUAUACACAGACUUGUAAGGGCAAGUGUUGAUGAACCACAACCUGUGAACCAAAUCCUGUCACUGCUAUAUAUAUAUUUGUGAGUUUAAAGUAUUUUAUAUAUUCCAAUGAAUUGGGGUGGGUUAGAACAGUUAUUGUAUGAAAUUCCAGUGCCUGUGGAUAAACACAAAAACAGUGCCCUGUGUCUGAGUAUCUCUGCUGAGACAGUAUAGCCUGCGAAUCAAAAGGAUUUACUGCAAGGCUGCUAAAAGGUUACAACCCCUCACACCAAGAGGGACACACUGGCUUCUGUGUGUAUGAGACAUAGUUUCAGUCUGUUGAACACCUGCUGUGAAGAAGAUACAUUUUCUGGGCAUUUACCAGGAGUUCUUGGCAGUAAUCAAAUGUCAGCCUGAUAAUCCUAUCCCCUUGAAAACCACUUAUUCCCUCCAGCUAGUGGCGCCCACUGAAAGUGCCAAAGUUCAUCUGUGUCUUUUCCCAUCUGAGGGGUCUUUAAACAUGACCCCACAGAGAGCGCUUGUUUCUGUAUAUUUGUUCUUUGGGACCUAGUGAAAAAGAUCAGACGCACAAUAUAAACAAGCCUAUUUUGUGAUUGUGAUAUCACAACCUUCAAAUUGAGUCCCUUGGGCUUGCCUCUCUGGAGGCUGGGUCCCAGUUUUAUCCAUGUGCAGCUAUUUAAAAACAGAAUUUUACUUGAAUACUUAAUACUGUGAUUAGUUUCAUGCCAUACUUUGUGAGAUAAAUCUUGGGAAUUGAGAAAUAUUUUGCUCUGUAAACAUGUAUAUGUUGACUCAUUUUUCUAGUGUUUGACAUUGUCUGGGUCAAAAGUGUUGAAUCUCAUUAAUAAAUGUUGAACUAACAGGACUUCCUGUCUCUGCGUUAAA